CUGGCAGUGGCAGUGGAAGCAGUCUUUGAAAAAUAGUAACGGUGCUGCACUGAGGUAGAUACAAAAAAACACAAACAUGGGGAGCAUGUUCCGCAGCGAAAAGAUGACGCUGUGUCAAGUCUUUCUGGCACCAGAGGCGGCUUACAAUAACAUGGCAGAUCUGGGUGAACUUGGCUGUGUGCAGUUUCGCGAUCUAAAUCAGGAUGUUACUAAUUUCCAGCGCAAGUUUGUGAACGAGGUGCGUCGCUGCGAUGAAAUGGAACGCCAGAUACGUUAUAUCACCAGAGAACUGGAGGCAGAUGGCUUUAAGCUGAAAGAUGUUUUUGACGACAUACCCGGUGCGCCUAAUCCACGCGAGGUAUACGAAUUGGAGUCUAAUUUAGAGAAGGCCGAGUGUGAGAUACGCGAAAUGGCGGAGAAUAAUGUUAACUUGAAAUCCAAUUUGCUGGAACUCACUGAACUCAGUAAAGUGCUAGAAAAGACGCAAAUAUUUUUCACUGAACAAACCGUUCUCAAUAUGGAGGAGCAUGCGAACAGCGGCAAAUUCACUGGUGAACAUCGCGGUCAUUUGGGUUUCGUUGCUGGUGUGUUGAGCCGUCAUCGGCUGUUUGCUUUUGAGCGUAUGCUUUGGCGUAUAUCACGUGGUAAUAUGUUGGUGAAAUAUGCCGACAUCGAAGAGCCGCUGUCAGAUCCACGCACCGGUGCUAUGAUUUAUAAGUCAGCUUUUGUGGUAUUCUAUCAGGGUGAGCAAUUGAAUGCACGUAUAAAGAAGGUGUGCACCGGUUUCCAUGCCGCGCUCUAUCCCUGUCCGAAUGCGCACGAUGAACGUGCAGAUAUGCUGAAGGGUGUACAAACACGUUUGGAAGACUUAAAGUUGGUGAUGAAACAGACGGAGGAUCAACGUAAUGUCAUAUUGUCAGGUAUAGCUAAACACCUGCCCUAUUGGUCCAUUAAAAUUACGAAAAUGAAGGCGAUAUAUCAUACAUUGAACUACUUUAAUAUCGAUGUGACCAGCAAGUGUUUAAUUGGUGAGGCUUGGGUGCCGACUUUGGAUCUGGAGGAGGUGCAACAAACCAUCGCAAAUGGUUCGGCCACAACGGGCAGCACUAGCUCAUUUCUAACGGUAAUGGAAACAAAGAAAACUCCACCCACCUAUUAUCGUACCAAUAAAUUUACGCGCGGCUUUCAAACGCUAAUCAAUGCUUACGGUAUGGCCUGUUAUCGCGAGGUGAACCCGGCGCUUUACACUUGCAUCACAUUUCCAUUCCUUUUUGCCGUGAUGUUUGGUGAUUUGGGUCACGGUUUCAUUAUGUUCUUGAUUGGUUUCUGGAUGGUGAUUGAUGAAAAACGGCUGAUGCGUAUGAAGGGUGGUGAAAUUUGGCGCAUCAUGUUCGGCGGUCGUUAUAUAAUUAUGCUGCUCGGUCUCUUCUCCAUGUACACGGGCUUCACUUAUAAUGACACCUUUUCGAAAUCCUUCAAUGUAUUUGGUUCGAAAUGGCGCAUAAAUUACAAUACCAGCACUGUGUUAGCCAAUGCCAACUUGCAACUUAAUCCCACAACAUCCACAAUCGGCACUUAUCCGUGGGGUAUGGAUCCCAUUUGGCAGUUGGCGGCCAAUAAGAUUAUCUUCUACAACUCCUACAAGAUGAAAUUGUCCAUCAUUUUCGGUGUUUUACACAUGGUUUUCGGUGUUUGUCUGUCGGUGGAGAAUAUGGUGUAUUUCAAGAAGUAUGCAUAUAUAUUCUUAGAGUUUGUGCCACAGGUACUCUUCUUGAUUCUAUUAUUCGGCUAUAUGGCAUUCAUGAUGUUCUACAAAUGGGUGCAAUAUUCGCCCACAACCGAUUACGAGCCAAAUCAGCCGGCAUGCGCACCUUCGGUUUUGAUUUAUUUCAUCAAUAUGAUUCUGUUUAAAGCGUCACCGCAACUUGCUGGUUGUAAUAUGUACAUGUUUACCUGUCAGGUGAUGCUUGAGCGCGUGUUCUGGAUAGUCGCCUUAAUUUGCAUACCAUGGAUGUUGGUUGGCAAACCUCUAUACAUACAGUGCAAACGGGCAUUCGAGGUAAAGAGUGAACCAUUGACAGUUAUCGAUAAGAUAGAGAUCCAAGAAGGCGAUGUUGUCAUUGAGGCCACUCUUACGGAUCCCGUACCGCAUGCGCAUCACGAGGAUGAAGACGAGGAGGAGGAGGAGCCCAUGAGUGAAGUUUGGAUUCACCAGGCCAUUCACACCAUUGAGUAUGUGUUGAGUACCAUUUCGCAUACAGCCUCGUAUCUACGGUUGUGGGCUCUAUCUUUGGCACAUGCGGAAUUAUCGUAUGUGCUGUGGCUUAUGGUUAUGCAGAAGGGUCUGCAUUUUGGCGGCUAUGCUGGCGCAAUUGGCCUGUACUUCAUUUUCUGGGCUUGGGCAUUACUGACCAUAGCCAUUAUGAUAUUUAUGGAAGGCCUUUCAGCUUUUCUGCAUACGCUGCGUUUACAUUGGGUCGAGUUCAUGUCGAAAUUCUACUCCGGCACUGGUCAUGCUUUCGAGCCAUUCAGCUUCAAGGCCAUUAUGGAAGCCACUGAAGAUGAUUAAUUUUGUUCCUUUAUAAUAACAUGAGCAUGUGAAAUUCAAAAUCUUUAUU